AACUCAAUUGCAAUCUCGAAAACCUUGGGACAGACAAUCAAACCUCACCAUCAGAGUUCCUCAUACCUAUAGAUCUCUUAUUGUGUAGAUUAUGCCCAUAAAAUUAAUUCCCCGCCCUUAAAUCCGAGUCAAAGUCAAAGCGGGUACUUCCAUCCCGUCAACUCCUGUCGUUUCGCAAGCUCUAAUUUAUUUCGCGUUUUCUACAUCCAGCAACCGCAUUCACCACAACCUCGCCCCCUCCUAUAUACCUACCUCUUCUCUCCCUUCUCGCUCCUGACGGAAUGCGAACACACUCGCAAACCGAAAUUCAACAUGCCAGGUAGCGAUCCCUCGAAACGCGGGCUGCCGCGCAAAAAGGAGUGGACGCCCAAGAAUAUCCGGUAUCCGUUCUGGUUUGGAGGAAGCGCGAGUUGUUUCGCUGCAUGCGUUACUCAUCCUCUAGAUCUUGUCAAGGUCCGCCUCCAAACCCGGCAUGGAAACGCACCCUCAACCAUGGUCGGGACCUUCAUCCACGUCUUCCAAACGGCCGGGAUCCGCGGUCUCUACUCAGGCCUGUCCGCCUCCCUCCUCCGCCAGAUAACCUACUCCACGACCCGCUUCGGGAUCUACGAGGAGUUGAAAUCCGCCCAGAAAUCUCCCGCCUCGUUCCCGACCCUCAUCGCCAUGGCCUCCACCUCUGGCUUUAUCGGCGGCGUGGCCGGGAACCCAGCCGACGUGCUGAACGUGCGGAUGCAGCACGACGCCGCGCUGCCGGUGGAGCAGAGGCGGAAUUAUAAGAAUGCUGUUGAGGGACUGAUCCGCAUGACGAAGGAAGAGGGCUGGAAAGCUCUCUUUCGAGGAGUCUGGCCGAAUAGUAUGCGAGCCGUGUUGAUGACGGCCUCGCAACUAGCUUCGUAUGAUGGGUUCAAGUCCCUACUUAUACAGUACACGCCCUUAUCCGAUAACCUCACCACACACUUCUCGGCCUCGUUCCUAGCUGGCUUUGUAGCGACGACGGUCUGCUCGCCGGUCGACGUGAUCAAGACGCGGGUCAUGAGUUCGCACGAGAGUAAAGGGCUCGCGACGUUGAUGCGAGAUGUAUAUCGCGUUGAGGGCGUGGGAUGGAUGUUCAGGGGCUGGGUACCGAGUUUUAUUCGGUUGGGCCCGCAUACUAUUGCUACGUUUCUGUUUUUGGAACAGCAUAAGAAGAUUUAUAGGAGUUUAAAGGGGAUUGAUGAACCGGUUCCUGCUACACCGUAGACUGGGGGAUGUACAGAUAAAAGGACAGACGACACCCUCCCUACUCUUACGGCCUGCUUGCUCCUACCUACCUAAUGAUACACAGGAUAGAAGAGGAGAUGGAAGAAACAUAGAUCUCACACCAAGCCGAAUAAGUAGCUCCUAAUUCCAGGCUGUUUUUGGAACAAACGACUUUUGGGUUGACGGGUAAUUAGAUCAUAGACGCAUACAAAGACGGAGUUUUGGAGAAUGUGUAAUAUAGGG